GAGACGUGCAACCCCGACCCACAGGCACACACAGGCAAUAACAUGUGAGAAGCGAUACAUGUAAAGAAAGAAAAGAUUUGAAUGGAAAAGUCAGAGGCUUUGCACCGUGGGGAGACUGAAUACCAAGCUGGAAACCACAGGGAGUUAUAGGAAGAUAAGGUAAAGUAACCCUUCUAUGAGCAUAGACCAAUCUCUACUGGCUAUACAGAAUAUCAGGAUGGGGGGCAGAAGAUCUUGGUUUUCCUGGAAAUACCAUAUUAUUCUACUGUUCAUUUUGUCAGUGCAGUGGAAGGGAAUGAACUGUCAGGAACAGAAAGAGGCUCUACCAGGGUUUAAAAUAGAGGCCCCAGCAGAGGUGAGAGUGCAGAGGGGGCUCUGUGUGCGCAUCCCCUGUAACUUUACUGUUGGUCCCGGUUAUACCUUAACCAGAGAUGCCAUUGGAAUCUGGUAUAAAGGCGAAAAAAAUCCGCCAGUUGCAGCUUCUACUAACUCCUCUCAGUUCCCUGAUACAACAAACGGGCGCUUUAUAUUCACUGGGAAUGUGAGUGCCGGAGACUGUUCCUUCUCUAUCAGUGAUGCACAAUCAGAAGAUGCUGAUCUGUACCAGUUCAGGGUUGAGGACAGAGAUGGUUUAAAAUUUACCUACGUUGUUAUCAAACCAUCGGUAUCUGUGACAGAACCUGAUAUAUCUCCCACCAAAGAUCUGAUUGCGGAUAAAGAAGUGACUCUGACUUGCACUGCUCCUACAAACUGCCCUGGGCUCCCUCCAACCUUCACAUGGGAAGGAAGUGUAAAUACAGAAAGAAUACGAAUGUAUGAAUUGCCACAACAAGAUGGGAACGUCAUCUACUCAUCCAGUAUCACUUUCACUCCAUCACCGAGGGACCAUAAUUCCUCUUUAACCUGUACAGUGACUUAUAGAAAUGUGUCUACAAAUACAAACAUCACCUUGAAUGUUGAAUAUCUACCCAUUCUGAAAAUCACUCUUCCAGGGGGAACAGGAGAGAGCAGCAGUCUAAUUAUGAGAGAAGGGGAUUCUCAGGAAAUCUACUGUACAGUCGACAGUAACCCAAAGGCCAACUUUAGUUGGACUAAAGGAAACAGCCCGGUUGGGAAUACCAAGCAGAAUGGGCAGAAUCUGACUCUCUCAUUACGGAAUGUAACGGAGAAUGACACCGCUGUAUAUACAUGUACGGCACAGAACCAAAGGGGGAGCAACAGCCGCUCUAUCACUGUCUCUUUUGAAACUGCACAAAAGCCUCAGACAAAUUUCCUCAUUGUGGGACUUUGUAUAUUAUUUUUCACGCUUGUGGCGAUAACAGCGGUGUUUGUAUUCAGAUGGAUGAGAAAGAAGAAGGACUUACAGAAGGACAAUACUGCUAAGGAAAUGCCUACAAGUGAUGGGGAUGUGAUUUACAAUAAUAUAGGGAAUAUGGGAAGCUUUACCAAUGAAUCUUUCAUGGACACAGAGAAAGACGAACAGGAUAAAGUGCAAUAUGCGUCCCUCAGUUUCUCAACAAUAAAACCCAAGGAAGCUCCUCAAACAGAGGAUAUUAUCUAUUCUGAGGUCAAACGCAAUUAACCCUGGAGAUAUACUGAAUGUAAAAACGUACUGUACUAUUGAGACUCGGAAGACAAUGAAGGAAACUGCAGGCAAUGUCUAAUUUUUGGGGUCUUUUCUAUGACUGCUAAGUCCCUGGUACACUGGUCCUCACUGACUAUUGUAUAACGAAGGCAAAAGUACCACGGAGUUGUUCCUAAACAUGGCAGCACUUUCUGCUUUUCACAUAAAGUCAUUCUACACUGUAAACUUGCAUAGGUAAAGGAUGUAAUCCCCCCUUUUUGGCUGUAAAAAAGACAAUGACCAGCUAGAAUGGCUAUAGAGUAUGGGGUACACUUGACUCAAGCCACAGGAUGGGUCUUCACUAUGUGAACGGAUCAAGGCAAAGGUAGUGCAACUGCAACUUAGGCUGUUGAUAAAUAAUAAAGGAGGCCAGAUGAUUCUUUUUAUUGUCCAAGACAACUGAGCCAUGGGGAUAGCACAAAAUACUCACAAUGCAUAUACUGUAGUAGAACAAAUAGAUUGGCAGGUUCUAUGCAGAGCAAGCAGAAUAAGGUUGCACCACUGUGGAGGGUAGCAUGGAUAAUAACAAAAUCCUUAGGGUUUCUUCCUCUAGUGGUCCGGAUCCCAAACAGCAGACCUGAAUCAGAGAGAACAAAGCUAAUCCUGAUACCCUUGUCACUCAUUCCCCUACACUAAGGUAGCAGAGCCUGUAAUGGAGAAUACUUCCACCUAUCUCUCCUGGUUGGAGCAAAGAAGCUGCUCUUGCUAACUAUAACUGACUCUCACUAUCCUAGAAAGUGCUAUUACACACACAGGUAAAGGUUCUCCACAGUUAAAGGUCCUUCUGGGACAGAACAACUUUACUGGAACCUUGCUGAUCCCAGGCUCAGUGGUACAUCCACCUGGUUUAACAGACGCAGGCCAAAGAGGAAGAUCCACCCCCUACUAAACACUAUAUUACAGUGUGCUGGAAGUGGUCAUAAGUCUUAUGGACCAAUGAUAAAGAACAUGCUAAUAGUGAUGAGCAAAUUUUUUCGGCAGGCUUAGAUUUGCAGCAAAUUUCCGCAUUUCGCCAUUGGCGAAUUGUUUUGCGAAACUUCCGUGAAAAUUUGCUCAGAAAAAUUUGUCACGCGGAAUUUUUUUGUUGCCUGCCAAAUUUGGCGUGGUCACGUCAAAAAUGGGCACGGUCGCAUCAAAAAAGGGAGCGGUCACGUCAAAUUGGGUGCGGUCGUGUAUACAAAAGAGCGCGGUCACGCCGAAAUUGGGUGCGGUCGCGCCAAAAUUGGGCGCAGUCACAUAAAAAAAAGCGCGGGUGACAAAAAAUAGACGCGGUCAACAAAAAAAGACAUGGGAGACACAUUCGUUUCGCGAAUUUUUCGCAGUUUCACAAAUUUUCUUGCUGUUUCGCGAACUUUAUGGCGAAACAGCAUAGAUUUGCUCAUCCCUACACGCUAAUAGCAAAAUAGAUAUACAUGGGGUUCUGCCCAGUAACAGUGAAAGAAGGAAGGGUAGGGUUUAGAGCUAUAGGGAUUGUUAACCCUAUAGGUGCCAACUAGUAAUGGGAAAAAUAAUUUGCCCAUUGGGACAGAUUCGCCCAUCACUUGUGCCUACAAGUAUGUACAGGUUUUCUACCAGACUGCAUUUGUAAUGUAUUGUUGGGCACCCCAUUGUGCUGGGGAGCUCUGCAAAAACAUAUUAUUAUUAUAUUAUUAUGGCAUAUUCAAAUGAAUUCCAUGGAUCAGUGUUAGAAAGUCAUUAAAUUAUUGACAUGUGUUCUUCCUUUAAUAUCUACAUGUUUUAUCAUUUUCUUUAAAGAAACUAUCAUACUUUAGCCUGUGUUUUAUAGUUACACAAUAUGAACAAAACCCCGGAGAUCCAAAAACUGUUUCGACAACCAGCCAAGAACGUAGCAAUUAAGAUAAAGAUCUGUCGUUAAAUAUAAAUAAGCUUUUCCAUAUUGUCAUUUUUGUCUGGGUGUAUUUAAUAUGUAAUAUUAUUCUGCUGCACUGAAUAAAUCUGGUUUGAUAAAGG